AGCCUUCUAGAACCUUCCGUUCCAUCCGGAGCCAUCGCCAUGGCCGCCUCCUCCUCCUCCUCCUCCGCCGCCCGGUGCUUCCCCUCCUCCACGAGACCCUCCUUCUGUCCUUCAAGCCGCGGGUCUUCCCCGACUGUUUGUUCGAGGUCGACGCGAAGCGCACCGACCCGGCCGCGCCCAUCAUCGUGGCGGCGUUCGAGGGCGACAUCCCCACGAUUAAGAGGCUGGCGAAGCAGAGGAAAAGGGAGGGGGGAAGCGUGGAGGCGGUGGAGGGGAUCAAGGGCUCCCAGAGCAGCAGGCGCCUCGGGGCGCUCCAUGUGGCGGCCUUCGCCGGGAAGCAAAAGAUGUGCAAGUUCCUCAUCAAGGAUCUCCGCCUCGACGUCAACGCGGCCGCUGAGCAUGGUAAUUAAGUAACCCGUCCCUUGUUGAAUUGAAUUAUUGGCGGGGCUGGUUGAUCCAGUUUAGCUGUGCGAAAUUGUAUCACGUGAUUUGGGGUGAAAUCCUGCUUACUUUCGAAGUUCUGCAAAUGCUGCUAUGCUAGUGCUACUUGAGUUACGCCACUGUGUGUUUUCCGAUCGAGGCUGCCAAUAAUUGUACUCAGUUAAUUGCAAAUACUAGAAAGUAGCGAUGCUGAAGGUGUGCCUUAU